AUGGCGCCCUUACCGGUAUGGUGGACGAGUCGGUUGAUGUGCUGCUGGCUGCUUUGGACAACAACGGCCGCUCGAGCGCAGAUUCCACCCCAGCCGGACGCGGAUCAGCAGCUGCUGCCGCACAUCGUUACCCACUUGCUGCAGCGCUACCUGCGUCAUCCCUUUCAACCGGUCCAGUUCUUUCUAGCCGCUAACACAGCGCCACAUCUUCUAGCACAGCGCGAUUUGCUCUCCCAGGUGCUGAGGCACACCAGCGGGCAGGCUGCAGUGACGUUCGGCAGCACCACCAGCAACCCAGUCGGCUUACGGGCAGCGGUACAGCAGCAGCGCUCUCGCGCCAUCCUGUUCGGCGAAGACUUCGUUGCGUUCGAGCGACUGGUGGCGAACUUCAGCACCACCGUCAACGACUACUCCGGGCGCUACCUGUGCGUCCUAACCGGUGCGUCCGGCAGUGUCCACCAGCUCGAAACCAAACAUCUGCCCCGACUGUUCGGCGCACUCUGGACGCGGCACAUCGUGCACGUGAACGUGCUGAUCGCGGCCGCCAACGGUACGGUUCGCGCCUACACCUACCAACCGUACACGCCGGGACGGUGCGGCAAACCUGCGGUCAAGCUGGCGGCCGUCUUUGCGCCCGGCAGCUCGGUCGACGCUCAGCCGCAUCUCUACCCGCGGCUGACCACGUUCUGCAACUGCACGCUGCAGGUCGGCUCGUUCGAGGCGAAACCGUACACGCUGCUGCGGCCCAAGGUGGACGGCUACACCGAGCUGGGCGGGUUCGAGGGCGACCUGCUGCAUCUGCUCGCCAGCCGGCUGCAGUUCCGCGUGAACGUGACCGAAUCGCCGCACCAGGUGCAGUGGGGCGUGAUCGGGGCGCCCGGCAACAGCACCGGCACGAUGCAGCUGGUGCAGGACGAGCUGGUCGAUCUGGUCAUCGCCUGCAUGGCGCUGGACGUGACGCGCGGCCUGUACCUGAAGGCGGGCUGGGCGCACUACACCUCGCGCAUCCUGUUCGCGGUGCCGCAGGGCCGGCCGUACACCGCGUUCGAGAAGCUGUUCCGCCCGUUCGGCACGGCCAUCUGGGCGGCGCUCGCCGGCACGCUGCUCGGUGUGGCCGGCGUGGUCGGCGGGCUGAGCUGCGGGCGGCGUGCCCGCAGCUGGCGCCGGUUCGUGUACGGGCCGGCGGUACGCAUGCCGCUGCUCGGCGCGCUCUAUCUGCUCUGGGGCGGCUCGGUCGUCGCCGUGCCGGGGCGCAACUUUGCCCGCUCGCUGCUGGCGCUCUGGCUCGGCUUCACGUUCGUGGUGCGCACGCUGUACCAGGGCUCGCUGUACCUGUACCUGCAGCGCAGUGCCACCUUUCCGCCGCUCGCCACGAUCGAGCAGGUGCACCGCUCCACCCUGCACUACCACAUGGUGAACAUCGCGAUGCGGUUCUUCGUCGAUCGGCCGGAGAUAAAGCCGCGCGUCCGCUUCAUACCGCCCGGGCUGGACACGCUCGGCGAGCAGGUGGCCGGCAUGGCGGCGCGCUACACCGACCGGGUCGUCGUCUGCCCGCAGGACAUGGUGGCGUACAACAAUCGGGCCAGCCGGGGGCGGCACCCGAUACAGGUAACGCGCGAGCCGAUCACGCUGUUUCCGCUCACGAUCUACUAUCCGAAAAAGUCCUGCCUCACGCAACCGUUCGACCGGCUGGUGCGGCACGUCGUCGAGAGCGGCCUGUUCAGCUUCUGGGUGGGCAACUACGGCGACUACGACUUUGAGGCGAACCGGCGCGAACCGGCCGGCGGCGGGGAACCGCGCAAGCUGACGCUGGCCCAUCUGGUCGGUGCGUACCAGCUGCUGGCCGCAGCGCAUCUCCUUGCGAUCGUGAUCUUUCUGCUCGAGCUCGUUUCGCGGCGUCUGGCGGCCCUUCGGCGGGUGUUGGAAUUUUGCAUGGAUUAA